AUGGUCGGAGUUGAAACAAUGGUGCUUAAGCCGAAUCUUGAUUCCGAAGUGUGCCCAGUUUGCGGCGAUCGGGUUUCCGGAUACCACUACGGACUGCUGACAUGUGAAAGUUGCAAGGGUUUCUUCAAACGCACUGUCCAAAACAAAAAGCAAUACCAAUGUUCUGGAGAAUCCAACUGUCACGUCGACCGCACAUGUCGUAAGCGUUGCCCAAGCUGUCGUUUUCAAAAAUGCAUUGCGAUGGGAAUGAAAAUGGAAGCGGUUCGUGCUGAUCGUAUGCGUGGAGGACGCAAUAAGUUUGGAUCAUUCUACAAACGUGACAGAGCUCAUCGCCUUCAAAGAAAUGCGAUGCGAGUUGCUCCACAGAUUCCAGCCGGCAGCGGACAGCCAUUCUAUCAUACUGAACAUCAAGUCACGAGCAGCACUAAUGAUCAGAAUGUUAAUCUUCAUUACUUUGAUCAAAACAAGGUGAAGACUGAAUACAAGCAAGGCGGAUAUGAUGCGCUACUUCAAAGCCCGACUCUGUCGAGCAGCACUGCUCACCAGCAGAUUGCUGAUUUCAUCAUCCGCCCAAACUAUCUUGCUGAUCAGGAUAGUCUUGCCGUUCUUCUAGGCAGCUCCAUUGAUGAUCCGCUUCUCCGCUCUACGCAUCAGUUCCCGGUGGGAUAUCCAUCAAUUAAGCAGGAGCCGUUUGACUACAGCGAGCAUUUUAUUCCGCAUCAGCUUCAGUAUGAUUCGGCGUUCCAUCCAACUACGACAUACAUGAACAUGCUUCCAAUGUCGACUGCUACUAGCACACAAGUGACCAGCACUUCAUCAAAUUCCGGACAAGGGUCCAACCGUUCAUCGCCAGUUCUUCCAAUCUGCCCCAUUCCAACGGAGAAAACCGUCGAUCACUUCUACAAUAGCACUCUCGCCGAAAUGUCGAAGCAUCUCCCGGAUGAAACCAAGAUAUUGCGCACAUUGACCGAAGUCUCACGAACUUCUAAACCAGAACCUCUAAUCUACGCUAUGGACGUCGCUGAGCAAAAUUUGCAAGAUUUGGUGGGAUGGGCAAAAAAUGAUCAGUACUUCAGCAAACUCACCAUGGACGACCAAAUGCAAUUGUUACAAGUGUCUUGGUCGACAAUUCACUUGAUCGACAUUACCAAUGCCGUUGUUCGAGGAGAUUUGCCAAUGAUGUUCAAGUUGAGCAACGGCCAAGAAGUACCGACAUCGUUCAUGGCGCUUCUUGGCAAUCCAAACUUGGUGUCACAGUGGAACGAAAUUGUCGCGAGACUUCGCAAUAUCGGAUUCUCGAAAUACGACUACUGUGCUUUCCGGUUCAUCGCAUUAUUUGAUGUCAACGCAAAUUUAGAUCAAAAUCCACUGGUGACAACUGUACGUCAUCAGGUUCUUCAAUCCUGGGGAGAAAUUCGCUCGACACGCGUUCUCUGCGAGGUGUUCGAGCAGAUCAGAAUUCUCGCCACAGCUGCUCAAGAAUAUCUUUCGGAGAAAUUCAUGACUGGUGCAUUGGGACCACAAUUGAAUGCCUCCCUGCUUUGCGAAAUGCUCAAGACGACCCGGCGAAGUGUUCCAGUCGUGUAUACCUCAGCCUCCUACACUAUGCCUGUCUAA